AUGUACACACUCGUCAUAACGCCGAGACACCCACUAGAGAUCGGCACACUUGUUCACCUCCACUCAAUUAUCUACGCCGUAGGUUGGGAUUCUAAACAGUCAAACCGCCACCCCCUCGAAGAGUCCACCAUCAUCCCACUUGCAAUCCGGGGGCCCAUUUCAGGAGAGCGCUCACGAACACGGGACGGUGUCGAACUGGUCGUUGACACUGACGAUCCGCACGCCCCCAUCCAACGCGCGUUCAUCCACAUCCAAUGCCGCCACGACUCGCUUCCUCAAUCGGAUCGUGCUGCCCUUGCUUCCCAGCGCGUUCCCAAACAUCCUGCUGCCAAGCCCGAGUCACUAUACACUCACAGCUGGCGGUACAAGGCCGUACACGCGCCCGUCCCGUCUGAGCAACGGCACUCAAGCACAUCAGCGGCCCCCACUGAGCCUCCACCGCCCCCUCCUGGCCCCCCAAUGGUCAUGGACCUGCGCUACGCCCGCGACCCGAGCCACGCCCACGCCUUCGCCGCCACGCAGCCCUACAACAUCUGGGAGCCCUACCCUAAGAUCAAGUCGCAGAUGGUCCCCGACGUCUCCGUGCGGUCUCGGGCGGAUGCGAUCCGGAACUAUGGCGUGCCGAUCGUGGUGCGACCACCGGGCGCGCGGAGGGAGCCUAGGGACGCGCGCUUGGACUCUGGGAGUGAGUGGAACUACCCUGGCGGGAGGUGGGGGUUACAAGACCGCCAUAUCACGGAGGACGACUGA